CUCGAUUUUUCGAGUCGGCCAGCCAAAAGCCCCACGCGUCUCAGCCGGGCGUGCAGCAGCGUACGUGCGCUGUCUGUAAAAUUGCUGCAUCGCUGAAGAGCUACAAAAGCUGAGCAGCGCUGCGCACGAAACCGCGCGGCUGUCGACACACCAAGGCCUAGCAAACGCGCAGCGCGGCGGCGCGGCGAGGCAUCAUGGACAUGAGUAGCAUCCAAGCGCAGGAGGAGCGCGACGGCGUGCGCCUGAGCUGGAACGUCUGGCCCUCGUCCAGACUAGAAGCGACGCGCAUCGUCGUCCCGAUCGGCGCGCUCUACACUCCUUUGAAACCCAUCGGCAACCCCCCACCUCUCGUCUACGAUCCGAUCCGAUGUAAUGGUUGUGGAGCUCUCCUCAACCCCUACUGCCAGCUCGACUUCAGAACCAAACUCUGGACGUGCCCCUUUUGUCUCGGAAGGAAUCAUUUCCCGCCGCACUACGCGGAGAACAUCACGGAAACAAAUUUACCGGCGGAGCUCAUCCCCCAGUUUACCACUGUGGAGUACGAACUCCAACAGCGUUCGGUAGGCCCUCCAGUAUUCUUAUUUGUGGUCGACACGUGUCUCCCGGAAAGCGAACUCGAGUCCCUCAAGGACUCCAUCCAGCAAACUCUGAACUUGUUACCGGAGGACGCCCUUGUUGGUUUAAUCACCUUCGGCGCCCACGUCCUCGUCCACGAAAUUGGGUUUGGCGAGUGCCACAAGGCCAUAGCCUUCAAAGGGUCGAAGGACUACAGUGCCCAAAGGGUCCAAGAAUUAUUGAAUAUCGCGCCUGGCAAUAGGCCCCAACAGCAGCAACAACAACAAGGUGGAAGGGCGGCGGCGAUCGGGUCUUUCCUGAUGACGGUCGGGGACUGCUCCUUUACGGUCGAGUCUGUCCUGGAAGACUUAGGUAGGGACCCGUGGCCGGCCGCGGCGGACCAACGAGCCGCGCGGUGCACCGGGGCCGCCUUAGCUGUCGCUGUGGGCUUACUAGAAGCCGCAGCGCCGAGACAAGGUAGUAGAGUCAUGCUCUUCGUCGGCGGUCCCAGUACCGUGGGACCAGGUAUGGUCGUGGAUAAAGCAAGAAGCGAGGACAUGCGCAGCCACCAGGACCUGGUGAAGGGCAACGCGCCGCACGUGAAGAAAGCGCAGGAGUUUUAUGCUAAACUAGCGGAACGGGCCGCCUCCAAUGCCCACGUCGUCGAUUGUUUUGCUUGUUCGCUGGAUCAGGUCGGCCUGCAUGAAAUGCGGAGCUGCGUUGAUAGAACAGGAGGCGUCGCCAUCUUGGGUGAUUCCUUCACGCAGUCGGUCUUCAAAGAAAGUCUGAGGAGGGUCUUCCGGAGGCACGCCGACGACCAGCCCGGGCCGAACGCCGGGCACCUGGUCAUGGGCUUCGCCGCUUCACUAGAGGUGCUCACUUCUCGUGAAUUCAAGGUGGCCGGCGCCAUCGGCCCGUGCGCUGCUCUCAAGAACAACAAGAUCAAGACCAAUUACGUCUCCGAGACGGAAAUAGGGCAGGGCGGCACAAACCAGUGGUCUAUUGGUGGGAUCGACCCCUCGACGACUAUUGCGGUGUACUUUGAAGUUACUAAUGCGUCUACUACGCCGGUGCCCGCUCAUAAGAGGAGAUAUGCGCAAUUCCUUACGAGCUAUCAACACGCGUCUGGUAAACAAAGGUUGAGGUGUACCACACUCUGUGGAGCGUGGCAGCCCGAUCCCUCGGAUGCCUCACCGGUCGCUCGCUCCUUCGACCAGGAGGCCGCCGCGGUGUUGAUGGCUAGAGUGGCGGUCCAUAGAACCGAGACUGAGGAGGUCGCUGAUAUCCUGCGGUGGGUCGACCGGUCGCUCAUCAGGUUGUGCGCGAAGUUCGCGGACUAUCGAAAGGACGAUCCUUCCUCAUUUAGACUGCCGCACGAGUUCUCGGUCUAUCCGCAAUUCGUGUUUAACUUGCGAAGGUCGCAGUUCCUCCAAUUAUUUAAUUCCUCGCCCGAUGAGGCUUCUUACUACAGAAUGGUGUUAGUCAGAGAAAACACGACCAACUCGUUGGUGAUGAUCCAGCCUACACUUGUGUCCUAUGGCUUCCAGGCUCCUCCUACUCCAGCCAUGCUCGAUGCCAGUAGUGUGAGACCGGACGUCAUACUACUCCUAGAUACGUUCUUCUACGUGAUUGUGUUUCAUGGCGAGACAAUUGCUGCGUGGAGGGAUCAACGGUACCAGGACAGUGAUGAACACGUGCAUUUCCGAACUUUAUUACAUCAGCCCCUAGAAGACGCGAACGCGAUCAUGGACGCGCGCUUCCCCGUGCCGCGCUACAUCAUCGCCGACCAGCACAAGUCCGAGGCGCGCUUCCUCAUCUGCAAGUUGAAUCCCUCGGUGACGCACAACUCGACCGACGUCCACGCAGGCCAGGUCAUCCCCACCGACGAUGUCAGCCUCAAGGUGUUCAUGGAGCACCUCAUGAAGCUCGCCGUGGAGUCCUGAGGCGGGUUUCCCGGGUAAGGAGAGGGCUC